UUGUCCCUUCAUCGAUACCUACCUAUUACAAUAAGAAGGAAAAAGAGAGUCAUUUCGUAAACCCUACCGCUUCUCUCCGCCGCCGCCGACGACGCCGUAGCUCCGGUGGGUUGGGAAGAUGGUGUCGGGGUCGGGGGUGUGCAGGCGGCGGGUGGUGGUGGACGCGCGGAACCACAUGAUGGGGCGGCUGGCGUCGGCGGUGGCGAAGGAGCUGCUGAACGGGCAGCGCGUGGUGGUGGUGCGGUGCGAGGAGAUGUGCGUCUCCGGCGGGCCGGUGCGGCAGAAGAUGAAGUACCUCCGGUUCCUGCGCAAGCGGAUGAACACCAAGCCGUCGCACGGGCCCAUCCACUUCCGCGCCCCCUCCCGCAUCUUCUGGCGCACCGUCCGCGGCAUGAUCCCCCACAAGACCCCCCGCGGCGAGGCCGCCCUCGCCGCCCUCAAGGCCUUCGGCGGCGUCCCCCCGCCCUACGACCGCACCAAGCGCAUGGUCAUCCCCGACGCGCUCAAGGUUCUGCGGCUGCAGCCCGGGCACAAGUACUGCCUCCUCGGCCACCUCUCCAAGGAGGUCGGCUGGAACUACCACGACACCAUCAGGGAAUUGGAGGAAAAGAGGAAGGAAAAGGGUAAAGUUGCAUACGAGAGGAGGAAACAAUUGGCAAAGCUACGCUUCAAGGCUGAGAAGGCUGCCGAGGAGAAGCUGGGUUCUCAGCUGGAUAUCUUGGCUCCAAUCAAAUAUUAGAUAGAUUGUCAUCAUUUUUUUUUCUUUUGCCUUUUGAUAAUAUUUCUGCUUAUUGGUACCCUGAGCCUUAGAAGUGAAAGAAUGAUUAUUUAAUAACAUAUAAUUUUGUU